GAUCAUACUCACAACAAAGGUUUUGGGACCUUGUUACUGUUUGAAUAAGGCUUGGGGGAUAAAAGGAGAGGCCCCAUCACCGACUGAGAGAACACAUUAAUAAGAGCCUACUCGCCCCGCUUAGAGACAAUUCAACUCAGCCCCUCAACACGCAAAACACAAACACAACAACGCUCGACUCUCAUGUUUAGGACCUUGCAAAGAUCCAUCAAGGCCCCAGUCAAAAGCUUGAUGGAUCCAGGCCAAAUACAGAGAAUUUCCGGGAGGUAUCGCAUGCCACCGGAAUGGCAAAAGCACUCUCAAACGUUAACUGCAUGGCCAUCUCCCGCCUCUAUUGUAGACGAGAAGAUCCUUCGACAAGCACGCGCGGAAGUCUCGGCUCUAUCCAAUGCGAUUUCCCGCUUCGAGCCAGUCACGAUGCUUGCCCGCCCGGAAGACGUUCAUGAAGCGUCUGCAACAGUGUCUGAUAACGUUACCGUGCGACCACUGGCCGUAAGUGAGCUUUGGAUUCGCGAUACAGGACCGGUCUUUGUUCAUGGAACGCAAAAUGGUUUUUCUACUGGGCUCAAGCUGAAUUUCAAUUACUGGGGGGCGAAGAUACCAUCCUCUGGUGAUGAAGCGGUUGCUGCGAAUAUCGAGAUUCCAGAAGCUUCUGUCAUAGACCGUAAGGAUAAAAAGGACGGAAGUGCGCCUCAGGGAAGUGUCAUACCUAUUAUUGACGGCGGUUUCACUAGUGAAGGAGGAGCGAUUGAGGUCGAUGGAGAUGGAACCCUUCUGGCGACUGAGAGCUCCAUCGUCAAUGAGAACCGUAAUCCCAGGAAAUCGAAGAAAGAGUUGGAAGAACUAUUCGAGAAAUACUUCGGAAUCCACAAAGUGAUCUGGCUUACUGGGGUCAAAGGCUACGAUAUCACCGACUUUCAUAUCGAUGCCUUUGCGAGAUUCAUCAAAGAGGGCCAGGUUCUUCUCAGCACACCCUCUGAACGUGCUGAUCCGCUGGUGAUCCAAGCCUACAAAGAGGCCAAGGAAAUCUUGAGAAACGCGACAGAUCAUCGAGGAAGACGAUUGGAGGUCUUUGAAGUUGAAGAGCCUCAUCCCAGUGACCUCCCUGGUGAGAAUUGGGAUCAUUUCGAUGUGACCGUUGCUUCAUACGCCAACUACUACCUCCCCAACGGAGGCCUGAUCAUGCCACGCUUCGGAGUCGGAAAGCUUGAUGAUGAUGCCUACGAAUUGUUUCGCCAGCACUUUCCAGAUCGGGAGGUUGUUCAGGUUGAUCUGAACAUCCUUCCCAAACUCGGCGGAGGAAUUCAUUGUGCUACACAGCAGGUUCCAAUGGAGGGUUGGUUUGGAAGGGCCGUAUGAAGGGGGGAAUUGAAGUUCUAAUGCUGCGACUUAUGCACUUGGAGACAAUGAUAGUGUGGUAACAGCCAUCCGAGGGCCAAUGUCGGAUAGUACUGACUUUUCUCGAAUUAAUACUCCACUCAAGUUCAUCACUUAAUUCUUUGCGAGAUAGGCAAGAAUGAUAUCGGAAUUCGUAACAGCAGAGUUGAAGGGAUACAUCUAUUUCGCAUAAAAGGUGUCUCUUAAUCGUUGAUUCAUACCAUCGCUUUAGUAAUACAAGAAUUCAUCUUCUAACAUCGACGUCCAGCCUGUCUCAAUUUCCGUUGCUGCACCUGGCAUUGACGUCCAGGCGGUCUCAAUUGUCGUUGCUGCGCCUAGCAUCGUCGUCCUCCCAUUCUUCUACCACCGCCCAUCAUGCCUCCCAUGCCUCCACCCAUGCGUCGUCCACCUCCCAUUCCUCCCAUCAUACCGCCGCCUCCCAUGCCUCCACCCAUGCGACCUCCACCAUGGUGAUGGUGGUGAACUACCUUGACUGGGCGAGCACCCAUCAUUCCGCCGCCGCCGGAGCUAUAGCGGGGUUGGCUUCUUCGGAAGGGGAGACACAUUGUGAUUGCAGUUGUGGUUUUGUGGUUUUGAAGUGAUUUGAGUUGUUGAAGUUGUGAUGGUUGAGUUGGUUGCUGACUUGCUGUGGAGAUAACUCGUUAUAGGUUCUGUUGAGUUUGGAUGUGUUUAGAGUUUGUUGAUAAGGUAUGUGAUAGAGGGUAUCUGAAGAGUUU